AUGAGAAACAAAUUAAAAAUACAUCACGAAUUAAUUUCAAGACAGCAAAAUGGAGACAAGGAGAAUGACAGCAGUGAAGGCAAUUUAAUUUUAGAAAAUUUUGAAUUAAUAAUAAUCGGUUGGAAGUCAUGCGGAUUUAGUGAGCUUACAAGUGAUGCAUUGAAGUCACCAAGGACGUACUUUAAAACUCAUCCAUUCAUACUACUUCUUGAAACGUUAUAUCAUCUCAAUGAAAGCCUUAUCCGUUCUUUAAAUCAGCAAUAA